AUGUUCCUCCAAAGCUCAUCUCUUCUUCCUCUUCUUCUCAUCUUCACUCUCUUUGCGUCUCCUGCUUAUGCUCUUAAACAGUCCUACAUAGUGUACUUGGGAUCUCACGCCCAUUCUCCACAAUUCUCUCCUGCCCAUCUCAAUGGUGUUGCUCACUCACAUCGCACUUUUCUCGCUUCUUUUUUGGAAAGUCAUCAACAUGCAAGAGACGCCAUAUUUUACUCAUAUAAGAGAUAUAUCAAUGCCUUCGCCGCCGUUCUUGACGAAAAUAAAGCUGCAGAAAUCGCCAAGCACCCUGAUGUAGUAUCUGUAUUCUUAAACAGAGGAAGAGAACUGCAUACCACUCAUUCAUGGGAUUUCAUGCUUCUUGAGAAAAAUGGUGUUGUUCACAACUCUUCUCUGUGGAAGAGAGCCGGAUUCGGAGAGGACACAAUCAUCGGAAACCUUGACACUGGUGUGUGGCCGGAAUCGAAAAGCUUCAGCGACGAAGGGUAUGGAAGUGUUCCGGCUAGGUGGAAAGGCGGUUGCAGCAAGGAUUUUCCUUGCAACAGGAAGCUCAUAGGGGCUAAAUACUUCAACAAAGGUUACUUAGCCUACACAGGCCUUCCCUCCAAUGCCUCCUUCGCAUCCCCUCGCGACUACGACGGUCACGGUACACACACUCUCUCCACGGCGGGUGGAAAUUUUGUUCCCGGAGCUAAUGUGUUUGGCCUUGGGAGCGGGACAGCCAGCGGCGGCUCUCCUAGAGCUAGAGUCGCUGCUUACAAGGUUUGCUGGCCGCCUGUGAAAGGCGCAUCGUGCUUUGAUGCUGAUAUCUUGGCAGCGUUCGAUGCAGCCAUCGAGGACGGCGUCGAUGUUAUCUCAGUUUCAGCUGGCAGUGCUCCCGGAGAUUAUAUGAACGAUGGCAUAGCCAUUGGAUCCUUCCACGCCGUCAAAAACGGUGUGACGGUUGUGUGUUCUGCUGGAAAUUCUGGUCCUAAUUAUUUUAGUGUAUCAAACGUUGCACCAUGGAUUAUUACAGUCGGAGCUAGCUCCAUUGAUCGGGAGUUUCAAGCCUUUGUUGUGCUCAAUAACGGCCUACGCUUCAAGGGAACAAGCCUCUCCAAGCCUUUGCCCGCAGCGACGAUGUACGACCUGAUCAGUGCCCAAGACGCUAAAUCAGCCAAUGCGUCAGCCAAAGAAGCCUUGCUAUGCAAGAAAGGUAGCCUAGACCCGGAGAAAGUGAAAGGGAAGAUCGUAGUGUGUCUAAGAGGAGACAGCUCACGUGUGGCGAAGGGACAGGAAGCAGCCAUUGCAGGAGCUGUAGGAAUGAUACUAUGCAACGACAAGUCUAGCGGGAACGAGAUCAUCUCAGACGCUCAUAUUCUUCCUGCGUCUCAGAUUGGCUAUAAAGACGGAGAAGCUGUGUUUUCUUACCUAAACUCUACGAAACAUCCGAAAGGUUUCAUUAGCGCACCCGCUAGCAAGCUCAACACGAAGCCUGCUCCUUUCAUGGCUUCCUUUUCUUCCAGAGGUCCCAACAAUGUCACACCGGGGAUCCUCAAGCCCGACAUCACUGCUCCAGGUGUCAACAUCAUAGCUGCCUUCACUGAAGCCAUAAGCCCUACGGAAUUGGACUGGGACCAUCGUAGAACUCCUUUCAACAUCUUGUCAGGGACUUCCAUGUCUUGUCCUCACAUUUCAGGCGUCGUUGGUCUGUUAAAGACUCUCUACCCUCAGUGGAGCCCUGCUGCGAUCCGGUCUGCUAUCAUGACUACUUCAAGAACAAGAGACAACAGGGAAAAAUCAAUGGUUGAUGAAUCUUUACAAGAUGCAAAUCCUUUUAGCUACGGCUCAGGCCACGUCCAACCGAACAAAGCUUCUCACCCUGGCCUUGUCUACGAUCUCGACACUGGAGACUACUUAGACUUCCUCUGCGCCAUUGGUUACGACAACAACAUAGUUAAACUCUUUGCCGAGGACAACCGCUACAUCUGCCGCCAAGGAGCUAACCUUCUCGACUUCAACUACCCUUCGAUCAGUGUCCCAAACCUCACGGAAACUGUCACCGUCACACGCAAACUCAAGAACGUAGGACCGCCUUCAACCUACACUUUAUAUUACCGAAAGCUGCUUGGAGUAAGCGUCUCCGUGGAGCCCAAACGGCUAAAGUUCAACAAAACUGGGGAAGUGAAGAUGUUUCAGAUGACUCUGCGUCCCAAGCCAACAAAUACUUUUGCAGGCUACGUUUUUGGAGAGCUGACGUGGACUGACUCCAAACAUUACGUUAGGAGUCCUGUUGUCGUCGAGCUUCCUAAUAAAGCUACUUAA